UAUUUAUAAGAAUGACAAACCGUGUGGCGGGGCGAUACAAUGUGAUUCCCGCGCUUUCGAAGUGUUUAAUUCAUUUAUGGUAGAUAUUCGUGAUGCGACGCUUGUAACAACAGAAAAAUGAUGGAACAAAUGGUGGCCAUCGCUGACAAGCUGUCAGAAGAAAUAAAAAAUAUGCAGAAAUGCUUGCAGUGCACAAUUUGUUUGCAUACCAUAACCGACCCGAUAAAAACCCUGUGCGGCCAUCGAUUCUGUCGUGCAUGCAUUCAAACGGUAGUGCAAGAUAAAAAUGCACUGUGUCCACUCUGCAAUUGUGCUAUACAACGUCGCAGCAUUUCUAAGGACGAACAUAUGAUAUUGUACAUCGAUCGACUGCAGAAACUGAUCGAAGCGAUUCAAUUGGAUUCAGGCAUCGAUACACUGUUGCAUUCGUCGAGGCCACGGAAUACACGAGAGUACGAGCUGUCAGAUAACACCGAAUUGCGUAGAUCUGACCGAGCGAGACCGAGCUGUUCCUACCUUGACACUCUGCCAGAGUAUCAGUCUGUUCAAAGUCGAAAAGAACGAUCGCGAGGGAAGGAAACGCAGAUAAAGAAGGCGAAACCCACGCGAAAAGGAGGCAACACUAUCAAGAAGUAUCUGUCCAAGUGUGACCUGUCCGACAUAAGGCAUUUGGAAGAGUCGAAGGAUUUUUUGUACACGGAAUCGGCAGAGGCCAAGGUGCACAACUGGCUGGGCAAUCUGGCGAAGAACGACGAGCUGGACAAAGCCGAGAAAGUUGAAGUCGAGCAGCCUACAGAGUGCAAUCUGGACGACACUCUGACCAUCUCGGUCUCUCAAAACAACGAGCGGAACGAGCGGAACGAGGGCGAAGAUAUGGAAGUCGCGGUUAACUCGAUAACGAGGAACGACGUUCAUCAAACACCCUGUUCGAGGAAUACGAGCAACGAGAGAGAACCGACUGCCAGGAGAGGUCGCAGGUGGUCUGCGGAGACGAGGAAUUCCACGAAGAAUCACUCGUCGAGGAUGAACUUCAGCCUGGAAAAUCCGAGGCCAGGUACGUCGACAGCGACGAGAUCGUCGGACGACAGCAAGGAGAGGAACGAGGAGAGAUUCAUGGACGUUCACCGAACGUCUACCUGCGAGAUGUUGUCCAACAUGCAGAAGAAUUGGUCGACCGUGGCGAAAUUUGGCAAAGAGAUGCGCAGGAGAAAGAAGAAAUUGAUGUCUCUGAACGUGAGCAUCGAGAGCAAGAAGAAAUCUCGGCCGGUGGAGAUGAAUUUGAACGCAGACGAGAAUGUCAGGUGGAAAGUCGUCGAGGAUGCAGACGAAAGACAAAGGAGAAGAGGAAACGAGUCGAAGGUGGCCGAGAACGUUGCAGAGACCGCCAUGAACGAGGAAUUUGUCAAUGGUAAGAAAAGUUUGACAAAAAGGGACUUUGUCCGCGGUGGAGAGGCGUCCCCGCAGGACAGAAAGGAGAGAUCGAUAUCUGAAGAAGUUCCGUUGGCCGAUGAAUCAUUCGUUAUCACGCUGCAGGAUGGCAGGGUGCCCGUUCAGAGUUUGAAGAGCUGUCAGAUAAAUGCGAUCAUUGGUGUAACGGAGGAGGAACAGGAACCAACGCGAGCCAACGUCGAAACGAACGAAUCGAGUAAUCGCGAGGAAAUGGCGUUUCCUGCGGACGGACGGGUUGAUCCGUUCGACAUGCCGUUCCGCGAUCGAGAUAAAAUAUUUUCCCAAAUGAUAGUGCCUGUAUCACCUAGCGACCAAACUGAGCCGAAUCUGGUCGUCAAGCCGAGUAACAAGAAAAAUUGCUGUCCGACGACGACGAUAGAGACGAUGGAUGUCUCUAGUUCUUCUGCAACGGACUGCCAAACGUCCACGCCCCGUCGUAAGAGAUUGUCCUUAAAUAGAAGAAGCGCCGACUUCAAAUUGGAUUCAUCCAGGUGGAGCGUUAGUUCGAGUAUCGCUUUGCAAUCUGUCACGCGAGACUUCAAUCGUCAGAUCGAAAUUGAAGACGAUGUAGAUAAGAGGAGUUCAGCGGGAGUAAUUGACAAGGAGAAACAUAGAAGUCUUGCAGGUGAUAAAUCGAGAGGUAGACGAGACGAUGUCUUCGUCUCGAACGAGCUUACCAGAAAAAGGCUAAAGAAUACGUGCAACACGUCUUUGGUUACGUUCACGAAGCUAGGAAGAACUUUCAGGCAUUACAGAAAACAAGUCCCCUUUUUGUACCUGGGCACAACCAGGCGAAAAGGGAUGCUAGGUCGUUACCCUGGCUUUCAUCUGCAAAAGCCUUGCAAUCCGAUUGAUAUAUUGGACACACAGGAUUUUGCGAUCAAGAGUUACUUGGGAGACAACGAUCGGGUCACGCUGAACGAUACGCAACCGAUGGAUACACAGCCAAUGGAUGAAGACAAGAAGGAACCAGAGUCUAUCGCGGAAGCAAACAGUUCAUCGAAGAUGAAAGAUCCAGCGGGAGUCUUCAAUAAUCAAAUAGAUGUUCGCGAAGAGAAUUCAUCCGGAGAAGUUGCGGAAAUCGUUCCAGUCGAAGAGCCUGUUAGCAAUAACUCUGAAGAUGUAGACAUACUCUUCGUAUCUCUGAGUGAAAACAGAGUAUUGGAUUCACCAGGUGUCGAGCAGCCUGCUAAAUCAAACAACACACCGACCAAAGAUACCGUGAAGGUAAUGUCACCGGUAAGAGACCAGGAUGUCACCAUGCUACAAUCCCUCUCGUUAGAAUAUCCGUCGAUCGACAACCUGCGAACCCAGAAAAUAAUCCACGAGCCCGGUGAACCGAGCGAAAAGGAAAGCAGACCGUUUCUCUCUCGAGAUUUCUCACGCACGUCCGACACGUCUGGUUGCUCUUACGUGUCAAGAAGAAAAAGGAAGAGAUCGAACAGUGGGGAGAAGUUGUGCGACAGAAUGAAGUCGAGCGACGACGACGAACAGGACAAUCAUAGUCCCGGUCACAGUUUCUCGUCGCAAGCCACGUACAUCAGGAACUGCAACAGAGAGGACGCGCCGCCACUCGCGAGGAAAGCCAGCUUAAGCGAGAAGUUGUCCGAGUUGUCCAAUCCCAGUACCAAGGACAUCGACGUGGUGUCACUGAGCUCUGACCCGGAUAUCGCGCCCAGCGAGAGGAAAACUGAGAAGAAGGUGUACAAACGAAUUCUAUUGUUAGAAAGCUCGGACGGUGAUUCGGUGAACACCGGCUGCGCGAGAAAGGCUACUGGCAAGAGUCUCGCGAGUGAUACUGCGUCAACGAAGCGGAAACGAGCUGCUUCCCCCGAUUCCGUCACCGAGGACGUAUUUGCGAUCGUGAACAGUUGGACGGAGCUCGACGACAGGUAUAGAAAGAAGGGCAAGCUCGAACAGACUCGCGACUCCUCCGAUUCGUCGGUGGACAAUGUCUUGGCGAGAUCUGUCUCGUCGUACCGUGACAAAUCCGCUAGCAAACUCUCCACAACGCUACAGCGCGGACAGCGUUCAGAUUUCGUUGACGAAUGUAACAACAGAGAGAGAUCGUUCGGCUGUAGGAGGACCGAUAGGAAGAAGAGCUUGGAAGUUAGGGAAGCGCUGGUUACCGAGAACUCGCCUGACUUUGGCGCGACGAUCGACGAAGUGAAAGUUCUGCAGAACUUCCGGCAGAACAUACCGGAUCUCAUGCAGGAGGAUAAUUUCGACGAUGUCAUUGCGAACGUGAACACUGACACGCUCGUUAACGAGUGCAACAACGAAAGGAGUAGAAGAGAGAGUCUCUCUGAGAGACAGUCGAAAAAUCCUCGUUCGUCGAGCGAGCGUGUCAUUCACGUGAGUUCCAACGGGUCGGAGAAGGAGAACAAGAGCAAAACAUCUGACAUCGUGUACGGAAGUGACGACGAGAACGGAGAAACUCCAGUCGAAGUGUAUGUAAAUUCGGCUAACGAGGGCUCGAGGAACAACAAACGGCCGGAGGAAACGAAGUCGAACGACUGGAUUUCGACUAAGCCGUCGGAGCGGUUCCAAUCGCAUCCAACGACUUCGUCCGGUGAUAAGAAGCUUCCCGUGAAUGGAAAUCUGAGUAAUUCCAUAGUUAAGGAUACGUACGAUCAGGACUCUUUGAUGAACAUCACGCAGCAGUAUUUGAUGAUCAAACAAUUUGAGGAGGAUCUGUUUGGCAAGUCUGAGAGUUCUAACGUCUCGUCGGGGAAAGAGAGGAGAGGACCGCAGACGCCGACGGGUAGCAAGAAGUGUUCCAACGUAAUUGCAAAGGACGUCGAACACUCGGCUGAAGAAGACGACAUUGUCGAGAACACUCCUAGCACAAAGACGAAAAAUUUGGAAACGAUCGGCUCGCAGAGGAGCUCGAACUCGAAGAUCCUGGGGAAACAGUUGCCACCAGCUGUGGAGACACCGUGCUCGAGGAAUGGAGGAAAGAGUUCCAGCAGCCUCAGCACUCCGGGUUCCAAGACCAACAUUCCACCACUCUACCAGAGCACUCCUAAGACGUGCCACUCUAACCCCAUGAAGUUCGUCUCUCGUACGAGCCAGUUAUCGAACAAGGAACCGAGGAAGUACACCAACGUUCAGAACAGCAGUACGAAUGAGAUCGUUAAGAGAAACGCUGUUCAAAGCGUUCAAACUGCACCAAGCACCAGCAGACAGAGGUACUGUUUCCUGAGCAGCGGCCUGACUCUCGUCGAGGUCAAUCAAUUGAAGAAAUUAGCGAAAACGUUGCCGGACGCUACCUACCAGACUCAGUUCAACGAGAACGUAACGCACGUGGUCGUGAAGACUAACAAUAAUAACGGGGCGAGCAAGACGUUGAAAUACCUGCAGGGUAUAGCUCACAGGAAGUGGAUCGUGAGCUGUCAGUGGGUGCUAGACUCGCUGAAAGAGAGGAGAGCCGUGAACGAGGAAUUGUACGAGGUGGUGGAUUGCAUAACUUUGGAGGCAGGCCCUCGAAAGUCCCGGUUAAGGGAAAAGAAUUUGUUCGAGGGGUUCGUGUUCCUCUGUAUCGGUCCGUACGCUCAUCUUUCUGUGGAGGAGUAUCAGGACUUACUACGCGCCACCGGUGCCAUUGUGGUCGACUCGUUGUACGCUCUGGCCGAUCAAACGACCAGGCUGAAGAUCAUCUUGAUCCAGGAGGACAUUUACGAAUUCCAAAUUAUCGAAUGGUACAAACAGGCUCGUGCCAUAGCGGUCGUCCACGAGUGGGUGGUCGAGUGUAUCAGUCAGUAUAAACUGAUAUCGCUCUAUCCAUACCUGCAAGAAUUGUCGCGACAGGACGUUCUCACGCUCGGUUAUCCGGAGUACCUGGUCAAUGAAGAGACUGGUUGGGAGUCGUCUGAUAGCACAUCCGACGUGUGAACGUGUGAACGUGUGAACGUGACGUCGAACGACGGCUCUGUCACUUCUAUAGUAAUUUCACGCCGGUCGUGAGACCCGCUUCCGAUCGUUUCCAUGAAUUUAACCGCCGGUCAUCUGUGCCAGAUCGUUCGAAUAGUUCACUGUACGUAUAAUUUAGUAAGAAAGAGCUUGUGUACAUUGCUUUCUCUUUUUUUUUUUUUUUUUUUCUGUUUAGUUGUACAUUGCAAUUCGAGGGGAGCUCGUUCGUAAGAAAGAGUGCGUUUGUUUCUUUACGACAGGACUGCUCGUUGCAGCAGCAUGGUUCGAGCGUGAACUAGGCUAGGCAAAAUGUUUGUGAUGGAUUUUUGGUGCAGGUGAUAAGGUUUCACGAUUAGUAUUAGUUUCUGAGUAUUAUUCUUUUUUUUUUUUUUCGAGUAAAUUCGUUGGAGAUACCUGUUUUCGAUGAUACUUAUAUGUGUAUACUUAUAUGUACGGUAGCAUUUAAUUUUGAUACGUGACAGUCAUAAAAUGUCGGUCGUAGUUCCCGUUAGAUUAAUUCUGAUUUAAUGUUUUAACUCGUCGCAUCCGUCAGUUUUUCAUUUUUUCGAAAGAAUCGUCGUGUCACGGAAGCUCAUUUAAUUUUCUUACUUUUGCCUUGGAUUCAUCUUGGGACCAUAAUGUUUCAUGCAGUGUAAUUGAAAAUUCUGUUUUGUAACAAAUACUAAAAUAUCGUCGCUUUAAAACAGCAACAAGUUCACGCUUUAUUCGGAACAAUGCAAACAUACCUCGUAAAUGUGUAUAGCUACAGAUAUAUUUUUCUGUUUUUUCUAUUUUUAUACAUAUAGAAAAAAGUCAUUAAAGCAUCGUCAAUUAAGAGUAAAAAACUAGGUCUAUAAAGUUAAUUAUAAGUUCGUGUUUUAUCCAUAACAUGAACACAGUGAUCUGUAAAUAUCUUUUUCUUUCUACAAACACACAGAAGAAUCUUCGCAAGUUAUUCGACUACAGCCGUAAUUCUUUUCGCGGAAAUGCUUCUGUCGAAUUUUGAACGUUUCAAAAAAAAAAAAAGAUGAAGGAAGCUUCUGGACAUUUCAUGGAUCUGAAUUAACU